AUGUUUUGCACAUCCUAACCGAUGAUGCCAUCGAAACUGUUCCAUCUCUAGCGCUGCUGCUGCUGCUGCAGAAUUAUCAUUGUAUUUUUUGUGGUGAAAGGCUUUGUGCGCUGACAUUGUGCGUCCACGGAAAAGAACUCGCUUUGAAAUAUGUCUCAGGCCUUGAACAACCCAGCAGGAGGAGGGGGUGGAGCAGGAGGAGGAGGCGGUGGCGGUGGCCCCCAUCGGGACUAUGGAGCCAUGGCGGAGUCCACGCCCGAAGUGAGUUUCGCAGCCGCUGGCGGAUCCUCCGGCUUCAGUCCCACGGAAUUUAUGUCCCUCAGCGAGGACAUUGGCCACAACAUCACUGCGAUCCACAGCAGCACCAAGCAGCUGGAGAAGCAACUCAAGCUGAUAGGCACGCCCAAGGAGCUGCCCAAUCUGCGGGAGAAAGUGCACACAAUCAACACCAAGUGCAAUGCCCGGGUGCAGACCACCAGCCAGGAUCUGCAGAGGCUGCAGGCUGUCGUGCGGCAUGGCGAUCGCCAGCAGAAGCUGCAGCUGGAGAAGCUCACAAGGGAGUUCCACGGCGUGGUCGAGAAGUACUCCAAUCUGCAGCGUCGCAUCUCGUCGGCCAUGCGGCAGACCCUUCAGCAGGCCCAGCAGUUUGCCGACCAGGAUGGGGAGCCCAACGCCCGCGCCGAGCUGCUUCAGCAGCAGCGUUUGGAGCAGGCACAUCUCCAGCAGGAGCACGACAUCCUCGACGAGCGGCGGCGACAGGUCGAGCAGAUCGAGUCGGACAUCAUCGAUGUCAACCAGAUCAUGACCCGGCUGAGUGGAUUGGUUCAUGAUCAGGGCCAGCAGAUGGAUUUCAUUGAGAACAGUAUUGAGCAGACGGCCGCCAACGUAGAGGAUGGCACCUCGCAGCUGGAAAAGGCGGCCAGGAGUCGCCAGAGCUACCGGCGCAAGAUCUUGAUACUCCUGGUGAUUGCUGUGAUAAUAGGUUUAAUCGUGACUGGCGUUAUCGUUGCCAAACUGAACAGUUAAUUGUUUUAUUUGUAUACCCACAUUCAAACACACGCAAACAUACACACACACACACCCACAUACGCAUAGAAUUUUGUAAAACGAUUUUUAUAAGAAACAAAAUAUUCGAUCGUUGAAAACUCUGUUUAAUCACAAAGUGAGCAAAGACAACAAGAUUGUAGAGGAAAAGCUAACAAAAAAAAUAAACAAAUACCAUAUUUAUAAAUAUAUAUAUACAUACGUAAAUAGGAUACUGAAUCCCACUUAACUUGCAUAUAAACAAUAUUCAGCGCUUUUAAAUCUUAAUGAUUUCUUGUUAAAACGAUUAUCGCGAACAAUUUAAGUUUUGCAUUAAAUGUGAAAUUUUUGUGUUUAGUUUAAAGCAAGCGUAAAAGGGAUUUCUGAAAUUGAUUUCAGGAAUUCCUCAAAAUAUAUGUUAAAUAAUUCAAGUUACAAAAUAAGUGAGCCAGCAAUCGAAAAUAAAGAUAAACCGAACAAACCAAA